ACUAUUUUUUGGGACAGUGUGACGUCAUCGUGUUUUGCCACUUCGAUCGGGGCAAAAAAAAUUAGCAUUCGCAGCGUGUUUUCUCAAGAUUUAAGCCACUUUUGCCAGAGUCAGAGCAGUGAUUGAGGUGGAAGGAUGGCAAGUCAGACCCAGGGAAUCCAGCAGCUGCUGGCAGCAGAAAAGAGGGCAGCUGAGAAGGUGGCUGAAGCGAGAAAACGGAAAGCUGUGAGACUGAGGAAGGCCAAGGAGGAGGCUCAGGAUGAGAUUGAGAAGUACAGGCAGGAGAGGGAUCGCCAAUUUAAGGAGUUUGAGGCCAAGUACAUGGGCUCGAGGGAGGGCGUAGCUGCCAAGAUCGACGGAGACACGAAGGUGAAGAUUGAGGAGAUGAACAGGAUGCUGGUGGCCAACAAAGAUGCCGUCGUCCAGGAGCUCCUGGACCUCGUCUACGACAUCAAGCCGGAGAUGCACAAAAACUACCAACACAAGUAAGAGCAACCCCAAAAGCUGGGAGGAUGCGUCAGGAGAUCUGUCCAGGAGAGAUAUUCCCAUGACAAUUGAAAAGCCAAAGGCAAAAUUUCGAUGUGUAAAUUCGUUCAAAAAAAAUCGUCUCAAAGUAGUUUAGAAAAUAUCGCCAGAAUCUCAAGGUUUAUCAAUGUGGAGAGAGAGACGUGCAAUGAAUAUGUAAAUUGAUUUAAAACAUUUAUUUUAGCCAUAUAAAUCUGCAAUUGCCGUAUAUAAUUGAAAUGUAAGAUAGAGCUUUUUUUUCUCCCAGCUUAUUCUUUUUUUUUUCUUAGUUUCUCCCAGCCACACACACAAUUUUUUUUACGUUAUAUUUCUUUAUGUAAAUUCACCAUUUAGGCACAAUUAUUUUUGUUGUUAAAAGACAAUUAUGACAUUAUAUAAUUCUCUCUGUGUGCAGGAAUCGUGUAGAGAAAAAAAUAUAUUUAAAAAAAAAUGAAAUUCAAUAAAGUUUCAACGUUCAACAGUG